AUGGAGCUCUUCGCCGACGUCGUCACGAAGACCGACGAGAACUUUUGCGCCCUAUGCACCAACGAGAAGGACGUCGGCAAAUCUGGCAAGCCCCUCCACCACAAAGGGUCAUCCUUCCAUCGUAUAAUCCCCAAUUUCAUUUGUCAGAGCAGUGACUUCACUGCGGGUAACGAUGGCAAGUCGAUCUACAACGCCAAGUUUACCGACGAGAACAUCAUGAGAAAGCACAUCGGGACCUGUCAAUGGCGAAGGCUGACGAAGUGGCUUGACAACAAGCACGUGGUGUUCGGGCAGGUGGUGGAGGAGUACGACAUAUUGAAGGCGGUGGAGAAUGUCGGGUCGGGGAGCCACCGGACCUCGAGACGGGUGAUUUGUACACCAAAUAAUGACCAAAAUGGCAACACCAAGAAAACCACAACGCGCAACAUUCUUCCCACCCAAAACCCCUCACCGUCCUCCCACCGAACACCAUGCCACGUGGACUCCUCCCAUUGGCCUUUUCCCCCACCAAUGACCUUCCCCAACAAGCAGCAUACACCACGUCGGCACGGACCACGUGCGCCGCGCGCUGGGAAUAAUAUCCUUCGCCGCGCCACGUAA